UUAAAUAGGAGCGACCACGGGUGUCAAACAGAAGUGGGGGUGGACAGCCUGAGCUGUUCUGUGAAGAUGUCUGAGCCUAUUAGAGUUCUGGUGACUGGUGCUGCAGGGCAGAUUGCCUAUUCCCUGUUGUUAAGCAUUGCCAAGGGAGAUGUUUUUGGCAACGAUCAGUCAGUCUUCUUGCUCCUUUUGGACAUUGCGCCCAUGUUGCCGGUUCUGGAAGGUGUUGUCAUGGAAUUGCAGGACUGUGCCCUCCCACUUCUGAAAGAGAUUAUUCCCACAGACAAGGAGGAGGUGGCCUUCAAGGACCUGGAUGUGGCCAUCCUGGUAGGGUCAAUGCCCAGGAAGGAGGGGAUGGAGAGAAAGGACCUGCUCAAAGCCAAUGUGGCCAUCUUUGAAAGCCAGGGAGUUGCCUUGGAGAAAUAUGCCAAGAAGACUGUCAAAGUGCUGGUUGUGGGAAACCCUGCUAAUACCAACUGUCUGGUUGCAGCCAAGUCUGCUCCCUCUAUCCCCAAAGAGAACUUCUCCUGCCUCACCCGUCUGGACCACAACCGGGCUCGCUCUCAGGUGGCAAUGCGCUGUGGUGUUCCUGCCACUCAUGUGAAGAACGUUAUUAUCUGGGGCAACCACUCAUCCACUCAAUACCCAGAUGUGUACCACUGUAGGGUCAACAUGUCUGGCGGUGAGCUCGCCUGCUUUGAUGCAGUCAAGGAUGAUGCUUGGCUCCAAGGAGAGUUCAUAGCU